ACACGCUGUCCGCUAGGAGUCGCAGUUUCCCAGCUGCCUGGAUGAGGCAGGGCGGGAGAGGGAGGGUGCGUUCCCGCAGCAACAGAGAAGAUGGCAGCGCUCACAUCUCUCAGCCAGCUGACGAGCGGGAGCGCCGUGUUUGAGAACUUUUACAGACAGGUGGAUCCGGGCAACACGGGGAGAGUGGGACCAACAGAAGCGGCCCUGUUCUUGAAAAAGUCGGGACUUCCAGAUGUGACACUGGGAAAGAUCUGGGAUCUGGCUGAUCCGGAUGGUAAAGGCUACUUGGACAAACCGGGUUUUUACGUGGCGCUGCGUUUGGUGGCGUGUGCGCAGAGCGGCCACGAUGUCAGCGUGUCCAGCCUCAACCUCAGCGUGCCGCCGCCCAAGUUUAAGGACAGCAACAGUCCUUCCCUGAAUGCCUCCACUGAAGCUCACUGGGCCGUCAGGCCAGAGGAGAGGAACAAAUUUGACGGCAUUUUCGAAAGCCUGUCGCCGGUCAACGGCCUGCUGUCGGGGGAGAAGGUCCGACCCGUCCUCAUCAACUCCAAGCUGCCCCUGGACGUACUCGGCAAGGUUUGGGACCUGAGCGACAUCGAUAAAGACGGACAUCUGGACAGAGACGAGUUUGCCGUGGCCAUGCACUUGGUGUACCGCGCAUUGGAGAAGGAGCCCGUGCCAGCCCACCUGCCCGCCGCCCUCAUCCCACCGACCAAGAGAAAGAAAAGUCUGGGAUCGGUGACGGGCGGCGCGCCCCCGCUGCCGGCCAGCCCGCCGCCACCCAAGGACUCCCUGCGCUCCACACCUUCCCACGGCAGCAUGAACUCUCUGAACAGUGCGGGCAGCCUGUCCCCCAAACACACCCUCAAGUCCGCACAGCAUCCCGGCACCUGGGCGGUCCCGCCGUCAGAUCGUGGUCGCUACGACGACAUCUUCCUGAAGACGGACGCGGACCUGGACGGUUUUGUUAGCGGGCUGGAAGUGAAGGACAUCUUCAUGCAGUCUGGACUCUCUCAAGGUGUCCUCGCGCACAUCUGGGCUCUAGCCGACACCAGACAAAUGGGCAAGUUGACCAGGGAGCAGUUUGCGCUCGCUAUGCAUCUCAUCCAGCAGAAAGUUAGCAAAGGUGUGGACCCCCCUCAGGCGCUGACGGCGGAUAUGAUCCCGCCUUCGGAGAGGGGCACUCCUGUCCAGAGCAUGUCGGGGUACAUGACGCCAGUGGGAUCAGAGAUGGCGGCGCUGUCAGAGAUGAGGAGGGACAGCUCCAGUUCGGUGGGUUCGGGCGAGUUUACAGGUAUCAAGGAGCUGGACGACAUCAGCCAGGAGAUCGCCCAGCUGCAGAGGGAGAAGUACACUCUGGAGCAGGACAUCAGGGAGGCGGAAGAGGCCAUCAGGCACAAGAGCGCCGAGGUCCAGGAGAUGCAGAACGACCUGGACCGAGAGGCGGCCUGUCUGCAGGAGCUGGAGGCGCAGAAGCAGGAUGCCCACGACCGCCUGGAGGAGAUGGACCAGCAGAAGCACAAGCUGGAGGACAUGUUGAAUGAGGUCCGCAUCAAGUGUCAGGAGGAGUCUCAGAUGAUCUCGACCCUGCAGAGUCAGAUCCACUCUCAGGAGUCUGACCUGCAGAACCAAGAGGAGGAGCUGAGCCGGGCCAAGGCCGACCUGGGCCGGCUGCAGCAGGAGGAGGACCAGCUGGAGCAGAGUCUAGCCGCCGGCAAGAUUCAGCUGGAGACCAUCAUCAAGUCGUUGAAAGCCACCCAGGAUGAGAUCAACCAGGCGCGCAGUAAACUGUCGCAAAUCCAAGACAGCCAGCAGGACGUGUCCAAAAGCAUCGAGCAGUACAACAGCACCCUGAACGGGACCCACGGAGGAAGCAUGACGAACCUGGCCGACAUGAGCGAGAGCUUCAGUGACAGGGAGAACGGAGCCUUCCCCUCUGUGGGGACGACCUCGCACCCGCAGGUGGCAAAAGAGGAUCCGUUCAAAGUGAAGCCGUCGGUGUUCAACAGUCAACCUCAGGAGCUUCACGCUGACCCUUUCCACUCGGAGGACCCUUUCAGGACGGACCCUUUCAAAGGAGACCCUUUCCAAAACGACCCCUUUGCCAAGCCGCCAGCAGCUUCUGCAGAUCCGUUUGGCGGCGACCCAUUCAAAGAGACUGAUCCGUUCAAGGCCUCGUCUGAAGAUUUCUUUAAGAAGACCUCAAAGCUGGACCCCUUUGCUACAGCGGACCCCUUCAGCAAGAGCGCCACGCUACCCUCAAAGCAAAUGAGUCAUUUCACGAGUGGUGACCCGUUCGCCGGCGCCAACCCCAAAUCUAAAGGAGCAGAUUUGUUUGGCGCUUUGGACCCAUUUGGCAGUAGCUCCUUCAGCGGCAGCAGCAACAGCAGCUCUGCCGGUUUCGCCGACUUCAGCCACAUGGCCAAAGGCAGAGACCCGUUUGAAGGCCGCGCCAGUUGGCUGCCGGACUACCAGAAGGCCGCGUUUACAGAUGAUCCGUUCAGCAGGAAGAGCGACACGCCCGCCCUGCCCCCCAAGAAAGGAGUUCCGCCGAGGCCCAAACCCCCCAGUGGUAAGACGACGCCAGUGAACAUGUCGGGCCCGACGGACGCCCCCAAGCCAUGCGACCCCUUCCAGCCGUUCGGCAGGGACACCACCGACCCUUUCCAGAGUAAAAAGGGUUUGGGGGACCCCUUCAGCGGCAAGGACCCUUUCGCUCCGCCAUCCUCGGCACCAAGGCCUGACAAAGUCAAGUUUAACAAUGAGGCCCAACAGCUGGAGUGGGCCAAGCGGGAGAGUGAGCGGGCUGAGCGGGAUCGCCUGAAGCGUCUCCGGCAACAGGAGCAGGAAGACUUGGAACUCGCCAUCGCACUCAGCAAGGCCGAGAUGUCCAACGCGUGACCGGUCUCCCCACCACCACCAACGUGACUCUUGAAUAUUCUAUUGAAACACACAAACACACGAUUGACAGAUCCACAAAAAAAACCCGCAACCGACUUUAGAGGUCUUGCGUUGAGCCCAGGCGAUGUUGUUCUCCCCCUUUUGUUGGGAGCGUCGGUUAGCGUCCGCUGGUGUUCGUGCUCUAAAAAAAAUGCUCUGGAACGACUCAAUGGGAUUUGACGCUCUUUAUCAUCAUUAUUAACGAUUCACUGUGAUGAGGACAAAAACAACCUCAUUUUGUUUUGUUUGUUAAACUUCUAUUCUCCAGUCGUGCUAUAACUGGACAACAAAAUGGAGGACGGACAUUUGGGCGACGUUAGCUCAUCGUUUUCGUUCCGUCGUCCCUGUUUUUGGUUUCAGGUGUGGUGCAUUUGGACAUGUUAUAUCCAGAGGGUCCAAUACUGAUGCUACUAGACAAGAAAAUGGAGGACAGGUUGAAGAGUUGGCGCUUAGCAACAUCAGCUAACAAUUUUGGCCCAAUCACCUAAAUUGCCCCAUAAGUGUGAUUGGUUGUCUAAAUUGUGACCUGGUGAGUUGCUAGCAACCAGUCCACAUUCAGCUGGGAUAGGCUACAAACUGAUGGAUUUCCCCUAACAAACAUCAAACAACGUACUGUAGUGCUAAAGCAGUAUUAGUUCAUUAUUGCACACGUUUAUAAUUUUUAUGACUUGAUGAGGGAAUCAUUUGUUGUUGUUGUUUUAACAGAAAUGUUUAAAGCUUUUUAUUUGGAUAUUUUUGAAACUACAGAUGAUGAGCUUGUUGGAUGUUUGAAACUACAGCUGAUGUUGUUGAUAGGCAGAACAGGAUGCCGAUACAAACUGGAAAUGUUUUAACCACUCACCAACUUUUUUUGUUGUUUUUUGUACUUGAAUCAACGACCGAAUGGACGUGAUUGAACACACACUGCUGUCUUGACUUGGCGUACUUAUUUAUUCCUGAUGACGGGAAGGUUUACAUUGUGCUCCUUUGCAGAUCCAAACCACUUUAAAAACAAACAAACGCGUAAACGCUUACUGGAUGCUGUGAUUGCGUUGCUGGAUUGAGGCUACUAGAAGACAUAAUACCCAAAUCUGGUUCAAAGAUUACCUUCUUUCCUCCAUGUUAUCUCGAAAUUGAAGUUUAAAUUUGACACCGCUGGCUGGCUGUUAUACUACCGAGUGAAGCACAAUUGGUUAUUAUAACCGCAAGAAACUCACUGAAAAUGUCCAAUAUUUGUCAACAACUAUCCAUCCAGGACUGUAAAAAAGAUGACUGUACAACAAGCAAAAUGCUUUGUUAUCCCCCCCCCCCCCCCCCCCAUGCAAAUGUUCCUGUUAAUGUGAACUCUAUGAUUGAUCACCUUUGAGUUACCAUGUUGGUGCCACUUCCAAUGCAUUUCAAAUCGGGGCUGCAUCUCUUCCCCCCAAUUUGGGGGGUUUACAGUCCGCACAUUCACGAUUCACUCUUUUGUUUGAAGUUGUGUCGCUAAGCUAAAUGAAGUAACUUAAGCAAGGCCAAAUCUUUUUGACAGAAUUGUUGGAACAAAUGGUGGCCCUGCUUGUGCUCCUCGUUGAAGCUAGGAGCUCGCUUGCAGUCUUUGCUAUGCUAGGUUAACUUGUGUCUUACUGCCUGAACUGCUAACUUUUGUUUUUAUUUUUAAAAUUUUGUUGAUUUUGGUAUGUGAUAUCAAGAAUCUAACAUGCUCUUAGAAUUUUAGCAUUUCUUAGCAGCUAAUACAAAUCAAUCAUUUUCUUGAGCAUUGUUGAUUUAAUGACUUCUCUGGUUAAUUUUUUCCCUCGUUGAAACUGGCGACUCGAUGUUAGCUGGUGAAGGAGGCAGAUUUUAUUGAAAUGUUGCAAAUGGACUUUUAAAAGCAUCUCCAACAUAUCACAAAGCGACACAAACAGUGGCGAGCUGCCAGAUAAACUACUUCUGCUUCUAUUGGCCUAAGUAUAUGUGUCACCUAGCAGAGUAGCUAACUGUUGGCAAGCUGUCAGUAUUGUUGUUUCUAAUGCGCCUAAUCUUGCUUGUCAGACAUAAUGAAAGUUGCUUCACUGCCAUCGCCCCUUCUGCAUUUCUGCUCAAACAAUUGGCCGAGUUUAGCUUGUCUGUUCUAUUGAGCCCUACUGUGAAACCUCAGCCGUGCACCAUGCACUGCUUUUUCAGCGGUGACCAUUCAUACCGUUCAUGCUGUAUUUGUCUCCUUUGUGCAAUAGAUGUUUUAUUUUUGUUAUUUUUAUGUCAUGUAUGUUUUUCAUAUGUUCUCCAUCGGUUUGAUGCACUUGCAGCUUCUAAUUCUUUUGGGGCAAUGAAAAUAUUUGGGAGAAAGUGUUCAGGGUACGUUAACCCUGAUAUCCUGACGUGUACAUUCUUUUUUUUGUUUGCUUUUGCUGAGGUGUCUUGAUCUAGAUGAUGUGUAUACUUUCACAUCUUGUAUGGAAAAAGAAAAACCAGAGUGUUACACGAACAAUCGAGUGGAAUACGGUCAUCGUCUUCUACUCUGUUGGACAUUUGUGUUGAAAGAAAAAAGAACUCCUACCUGA